AUUUCGCAUCCUUGGAGAAACGCUGCGCAUUUUACGCACUCAGCGCACCCGAUCCUUCAUUAAACCAAAACCAAGAGGAGUCGCUGGACUUGGCGGAGUGCUUCCUGAAGCCGUAGUAAUUCCGAUCUAUGGGAAAGUGAGGGAAUAAUCCAAAAAGAGGCGUUUGAAUCGAGGGCCCUUGUUGUUGUGACGCUGGAUUUUACACUGCCUUGGCUUCAGCCUACCAGCCACCAUCCUUUUGAUUUUAGUAGUUAGCAUUUUUAGUUUCCUGUCUUAGAGAAACAGCUAGGAUUAGCAUUUAAUGUGGUAAUUAGCCACAACUGACUGAACCAUUGGGAAUUAAUAAAUGUCAUUAGUUUAAGUGUUAGGUAGAGUUUAUAAUUAAUCUUUUAUCACAUUACCUAGGUAGCUAAGACAUUAGCUUUAGGGUUUAGUACACAUUAGCUGGAUAUCAUUAGCUGCUGGUAUGGAUCGCAGUAGCUGGAGUGGCAGUGAGAGUGCAGGGGAAGAUAUGGACAGACUGAGUGACUCAGGAGGGGAUAAGACCAUGGACGGGGACCCCGAGGGAGUCUGGAGCCCCGACAUCGAGCAGAGUUUUCAGGAAGCCUUGGCUAUCUACCCACCAUGUGGAAGGAGGAAGAUUAUCUUGUCAGAUGAAGGAAAGAUGUAUGGUCGAAAUGAGCUGAUAGCCAGAUAUAUUAAGCUCCGAACAGGCAAGACACGGACAAGGAAACAGGUAUCCAGUCAUAUACAAGUUUUAGCCAGAAGAAAAUCCAGAGAGUUUCAAUCCAAACUUAAGGAUCAAAAUGCAAAGGAGAAGGCACUUCAAAGCAUCUCCUCCAUGUCCUCAGCUCAGAUUGUCUCUGCCACAGCCAUACACAGCAAGCUCCUCCCUGGAAUAGUACGGGCUACCUUCCCCAGCAAUGCACAGCUGUGGCAGGGAAUGAUUCCAGGAGGACAGUCCAGCUCCACCACAGAAGAUAUCAAGCCAUUCUCUCAGCAAGCCUACUCUGUGCAGACAGCAGGGACCACCACAAUCUCAGGCUAUGAGCCUCCCGCUGCAGCCCAGACACACCGAGAGCCAGCAUGGCAAGGUCGCUCCAUUGGCACGACCAAACUACGACUGGUGGAGUUUUCCUCUUUUCUAGAGACAACGCAGCGGGACCAGGAAGCAUACAACAAGCACAUGUUUGUGCACAUCAGCCAGAACAGCCUGAGCUACAGUGACCCCCUUCUAGAGUGUGUGGACAUCAGGCAGAUCUACGACAAGUUCCCAGAGAAGAAGGGUGGCCUUAAGGAGCUGUUUGACAAGGGACCCCAAAAUGCUUUCUACCUGAUCAAGUUCUGGGCGGACCUGAAUCACAACAUGCAGGACGACCCUGCAGCCUUCUAUGGUGUCACCAGCCAAUAUGAAAGCUCAGAGAACAUGACCAUCACUUGCUCCACCAAGGUCUGCUCCUUUGGCAAGCAGGUGGUAGAGAAGGUUGAGACGGAGUAUGCAAGGUUUGAAAAUGGGCGCUUUGUCUACAGAAUCAGUCGCUCACCGAUGUGUGAAUACAUGAUUAACUUCAUCCACAAGCUCAAACACCUGCCGGAAAAGUACAUGAUGAACAGCGUGCUAGAGAACUUCACUAUUCUGUUGGUUGUGAGCAACAGAGAUACUCAGGAGACCUUGCUUUGUAUGGCAUGUGUGUUCGAGGUGUCCAACAAUGAGCAUGGAGCACAGCACCACAUCUAUCGACUCAUCAAAGAAUAACACACUCAUAUACACUCAUACACACAUGUAUAGCCUUUGCUUGGUAAUAUGUGGUAACAUUGGAGUUAAAUAUUUUAAAUCUGCAUUCAACAAUAGUGUCUUUCAGCCAAACAACUCAACUGAACUCAGUUUAGUGAGGAAGAAAACCAGUGUCCUUUCCAUUGCUGCUUACAAUACAUUACAGCAGUAAAAGGGUAAUGUUUGAUUUGUAUCAGAUUUUAAACAUUAGCCUGCAGUAUUCUCUCCAAUUCAAGCAUUUAAAACAGAUCCAAUCAAUGAUAACUAUCUGAAUUUCAGAUGUUCAUUAGCUAUGAAUAAGAAUCCCAGUGGCUGUGCUGCCUUAGAAACACAUCACAAUUGGCCUGGGAUGUUUUCUCAGCAUUCUGGCUACCUGGAGCUGUUAUGACUCUUGGUUUUCCCUUCCCUUUUCCCCAUGAAAUUUGUAAUUUACUGUUCUGAGGUGGGACGUACAAACUAUUGUUUCUGUCAUGUGCUUUGGGGAACCUAAAACCAGGCAUAAAAAAACCCAACUCUCAAGUCUCCCCACUCUACAAAUAUGUGAUAUCUGCCAAGAUACUGAUGGACACUGAAGAUCAGACCCUGUGUAUCUUAGAAAUAACCAAAAAAGUAAAGAAAAAAAACUUCUGCACUGAUAUGAAGUACAGUUAACAGGUGGUUUUGUACAGAUUACACCUUUAAAAUUGUGCAAGCUGCAUUCUUGCACAAAAAGAGGUUGUUCCAAAGAUAAGAUAUAAAACUUUUACCUUUUUGUAAGUUAAAAAAAGAUGGCUUCUACGCUUCGCAAAAUCUUUUAUCAAUAAUAGCAGAAAGACUAUAUUUUAAUCCCAGGAACACUAUCUAAAAUUUAUCUUAUAAAAUCAUAUAAUUGAAAUUCAAAAAUUCAGGUACCUUUGUGCAAAAGUGACUCUUUAUCAAGAUUUUAUAAAUAAAUCAGCCUGUAAAGUCUAUAGUCCUUAAGAAGUCAGUCUUGGCUCACCUGCUGGCACUAGCUCAUGGGGCAAAUAUAUUCAUCUUCCUGUGACUGCUUGAUAAAAAAAAAAAACCUACUUAUUAAAUACGUGUUUCAAAACAAGACCAUAGAAAGAAUACUGUUUUUAGUGUAGCAGUGAUUUAAUGCAGAUCAUGUUCAGUCUGAUACAAAUGACAGAAAACUGGAAAAAAUGACUUCCAUCCUUAAAUCAUGUCAUGUGAGGUAAUCUGUGCUAGACUGGUAGGCCUUAACAACCACAGAUACCAGGUUUGGAGCUAGUAACAGAUGCCAAAUAUGCAGAGACCACGGUUGAAAAAUUGUCAUUUUUGACUUCUUGGAAACUAUGAGGAUGUUAAGUUUUCAUAAUUAAAAAUAUAUUUCAUUGUCUGACCAAUGGGAGGCACUGUGACUCUUUAAACCACACUAUCUUAUUCAUACAAUGUUAUUCAUGUUGUAAAAAUGAAAUUAAUAUUUUACACAUUUAUAAAGGUCUAAUUGAGCAGUUCCUCUUUACAAAUGAGACUUAACUAAAAUAUUGUUGCACCAGCCAACUUGAGCUUUAACUUAUCUAUCCUGUCAAACUAUUUGAGCCUUAAAUGUCAUCAUGUCCUUAUAAAAAAAUAAACGUUUUCUGUAUCAGGAAAACUGCUAAAGAUUUUGUUUUUAGCUUGGAAAAAAAUAAAUACUGAGGAAACAGUUCCUUUAUAGUCCAGAACUGGCACCUUCCAGUAAGAUUGCAUAAUGUCAGAAUUUAAGUAUUGUAUAAACCAAAACCAAAAAAUUGUUGAAUUCUGUUGUAGCAGUUAAUGUAAAACUGGUUUACGUGUACCAUGCUAAAAGCAUGAAGUGCCUUUGGUCAGGAAUAGCAGCUGAAAUUUCAAAUCUGUGUAACCUAAAACCUGAUAAUGUGUGAUUAAGCUAGUGUAUAGAAAAGCAUUUUACAUAAAAUGCAUUGAAAUCAUGUACGCCAGCUUUUCAUGUAUUAGAGGUAACUGUCGAAAUUCCAUCAUUAACGCCUGUUACGUAUGACUUAAAGACAGCCAACACUAAAACAUCUAAAAUAAUCUAAAAUAAUUCUCUCACACGAUGUUGUUGAGCCAAACUGUUUUCCACAUGGCAGAAUGUACAUGUAUGUAUUCUGUGUGUGUUAAAUUCAUGAUAAAAAAGCUUGCACAUGAAUUAUCUUUGGUUCAUUACUAUCAGAGAAAUCCUGAUGUAAUUUUCUGAUCUGUCAUUCUUGCUGUAAAGUAGAUUAAAAAGAAUCUAGUUGAAAGCAAGUUCAUACAGCAGGAUAAGGUUCUGGUGUUAGAUUAUAUUUACAAACCAAAAUAAAUAGUUUCACUUACAAAAGUAAAACUUUUUUGUUUUUUUGUUUUUUUACUAAAUAGUAAAGGCAGGCAUUAAAAUUUGGCUUUGUUUUUGUCCAUUAAGAGCUGAAACUAGCAGUCAAUUAGCAAAACAAGUUUUCUUGUCAAAUGCCAAACAGUAUAUUAAAAAAACAUUUUAAACUCAUUCUUAUCCAGCAAGUUUAGUUUAUAAAAAGUUGCUCCAUUCAGACAAGAAACUGUUUUUCAUCUUAACUGAAGGUAAAAAUAGACCCUUCUAAACUCCUUCAUUUAGUGUGAAUAAAGCAAACAAAAUGAAUAUAUUAAGUGACCUUUAAAGGUUUAGGUAAAUUUUUUACAUGAACCAGACUUGUUUAUUUCCCUUAUUACCAUUUUUCCAAUCAAAGCUUAAGACUACAGAUGUUUUGGUGGAAAUGAUCUCAUCAAAUUAUAGGACGUAGCAACACAAAUUUCACCCAUUGUAUUUUUCAUAGCUGUAUUACAAAAAGUAACACAAACAAAAUGAAAGUCAUUACAGGAAUCCCUUGUUUCUAUACAGCAUGUAUUAAUCUCAUUUAUUUUUUCUUCAAAUAUGGUCAGAUAACUAAACCUGCCUCUCUGAAGAGACUCCGGGCCAUUUGUACUGUUGAGACUCUGAACAGACACUAUAUGUCUAUUAUGGGCACAAACGAGGCCAAAACAAACACCAAAAUUUUACACAUGUUCAUACAUUUUAAACAGAGAAGAAAACAGAAUGACGAUGUCCAUAUUAUGUCCUGUAUGAGCAUCUGCAGUGCUGUAUAGUAUUAAAGAAAUCACUUUGAAUCAAGGCCUGAAAAAAGCUGUCCUGAGUUUCAAGUGGUCAGUAACCACUGAUCCACAAUAAUGGAUCACUUGUUAAGGAAUUCCCUGUAAAAUGUCCUUUUCUUACCCUUUUCCAAAUUUUUGUCACACUAAAUAAAGACUAAAUUAGAUUGGCUUUUGUAGGUAUGCUAUUAUGCAUGACUGUACAUGUGUAACAUGGCCAGUACAUUUAUAAUAAUGGCUCUCUGUCAAGACAUCUUUUACAAUCUGUGUACCAAAGGAAGUCAUAUUUGGCGUGUUGAAAAUGGUUCAACUACAAGCUGGAAAAUUUCCAGGCUUCUAUAAAAACAGAUUUUUUAAGAGAAAGGAGGUAUCAGUCUAAAAAUUUCUGUAGCUAUUUGGCUGAACUAUUGAGGCUUAUGAAAUCAUUAAAGGCAAAUAAUUUAAGUGGGCACAUUUCUACACAAAGGCUUAAAGAUAUAAACCACAUUUACACAUUAGCUUUAUUUGAAUUUGAUCAUACACCUGUAUGAGAACAUCGUAAAUGCCUGCUGAAGGACUCAACUGUAAAUGUUUUUGAUUUCAUCGACUAGAGAUUGUCUCUAGCUCACACAAAGAGAAGUGUUUACUUUUUUCAUAGAGGAAGGAGUUCAAAAGUUUUAGAGUUGAGCAAACUGCCAGGUUCCUGAAUCCUUGUUGUCCGUGUUGUUCAUGUCUACUUGUAUGUGGAAGCUGGAUAUUUAUCUUCUUCUCUAAGCCACAUGUGGCACAGAUAUUUUGUAAUCAUAUCCAAAAUGGCCUUGACUCUUUGUGCACCUGUGCGUAUGCAGCGCACAUGGAGAUGCACUGAGGGUUUUUGAUAAGGUGCUUUGUAUAAAAGUGACAAUAACAUUUAUUACAGAUGUUGUGUCUAUCUUUGAUAUUCUAAUAUUGAUCCUAUUUUGCGAAGAAGACAGUACAUUUAGGAAAAUCCAAAUGCAUAAAGAGUGUCUAUUGGUACUGCACAGGGUCUGAUCUUUAUUUGGUAACUUUUCCCCCCUCAUUGCUAAAAGUAUGUUAGAUAUUUUCUAGCUUUGUAGAGACUUUGUAUGUAUAUGCUAUUAAGA